UUUUUUUUUUUUUUUUUUUUUUUAAAUACACCUGCGAGCGGAAAGCUUCAGAGAAGACGGAAGCCGCCAUUUAAACUUAGACACAGGCUUUGUGUCUUAUUUUUCCGUUUUGAACCGCGUUUCAUGAGCUGGAGCUCCGGUCCCCUCUGAGGUUUACACCGGAGAGACAGAGAGUAGUGCACGUCAGCGGGGUACGUUACGGCGCGUGAACAAACCGAGGCUGUGCGUCGACAUCCUCCAGCAUCAGCAGCACGCUUUUCCCUUUGGAUGCCCAUCCCUCACUAAGCCGCAAGGAGAGAGGUCGGAGGGGAGGAAGAGGAGGAGGAGGAGGAGAUAUAUGGGAGAUCGGUUGGAUUUUCAUCACCCCGCCGUUACAAACUUGUGUCCAGGAUGGGGAAGGAGCAGGAGCUGUUGGAAGCCGCCCGCACCGGGAACGUCACCUUGGUGGACAAACUGCUAAGUGGGAAAAAGGGAAUUCUGGGAUCUGGAUCAGGUUCCAUCCCGCUUCCCAAUCUCCUGAGCAUGUGGAAGGGCCUCAAUGUGAACUGCACAGACAGCUCAGGAUACACACCUUUACACCACGCCUCCCUCAAUGGACACAGGGACGUGGUGCUGAAACUGCUCCAAUUUGAGGCUUCAACUAACGUGGCUGACAGCAAAGGCUGCUCCCCUCUCCACCUGGCUGCCUGGAGAGGGGACGUCGACAUCGUUCGAAUCCUCAUCCAUCACGGGCCUUCGCAUUGCCGUGUGAACCAGCAGAACCAUGAGAGGGAAACGGCGCUCCACUGUGCAGCCCAGUAUGGCCAUUCCGAGGUGGUGUCAGUGCUGCUUCAGGAGCUGACUGACCCAACUAUGAGGAACAACCGGCAAGAGACGCCCCUGGACCUGGCUGCACUCUAUGGAAGACUGCAGGUGGUACGCAUGUUGGUGAACGCCCAUCCCAACCUCAUGACCGGCCACACUCGACUACACACUCCGCUUCACCUGGCUGCACGCAACGGACACUACAGCACCAUCCAGACUCUGCUGGAUGCAGCCAUGGAGGUCAACUGUGUGACGGAGAAUGGCAGUGCCCUCCAUGAGGCAGCCCUCUUUGGGAAGAUGGAUGUAGUUCGCCUUUUGCUCGACUCAGGGAUCGACACCAGUCUGACAGACUGUCGGGGGAGAACUGCUCUGGAGAUUCUGAGAGAGCAUCCUGCACCGAAAUCCCAGCAGAUCACUGCUCUCAUCCAAGACUACAUGAUGGACGAGAUGGACAAACAGGGUAUAAUCGAGGAGCCGGUCCGCAGGUGUCCUGUUCCUGCACCUCGGGCCGCCAUCCCCUCACCUGCUGCCUCCCCCUCCCUCAGACACAAAACUGACGACGCGGUGACAAGUGAGCUGUCCAGGCUUCUCAACGAUAUCAAGAAGUGUAGAGACUACUCCUUCGAGGAGCUCUGCCACACCAUCUCCUCCCACUCCAUGGACAGCUUUGGGAGCGGGCGGCUGUCGGAUGAGGAGCACACCGACAAACCCAAUGGCACGCUAACUCGAGUCAGCAAGCGUCCAUCCCUGCCUCUGGCGCACGCCAUGGAGGAUGAGGAGGCGGAAAAGACUUGUGGUCCCACUGGAAUCUGGGAGGCUCUGACUCCCUGCAAUGGAUGCCACAACCUGGGCUUCUCUGCGCUGUCAGAGGACUCUAAACGCUGUGGGGAGAUCAUCACCUCUCCAUCCCUGGAUGUUUUCCUGCCUGAAGAUGAGGACAACCCAUAUGAGUCUGUGACCACAGCCGUCACCCGAAAGCCCUCGUCGCUUGACAUCAACCACCAUCUCAACGUCUGCUCGCGCAAUGGUCACUUGUCCCAUGGAGCGGUGAGUGAGGGGGAGCACAGUAACCAUGACAACAGCUCAACAGGGCCCACACCUGAUUGCUCGCCCCCUUCCCCAGACACAGCACUGAAAAACAUUGAGAGAGUCAUCCGCCCACAGCCCAAACAGCGCACAUCUCUGUCGUCUUCUCUGGAUGUCCAGAGGCCGGUAAAUCACAGCUGUGAGCCCAGUGAGGUGAGCUCUUCCCUGGGCUACGCCAGCUUCAGCACGAGCCCCCCUGCUAGCCCCCCACUGAGCCCCAAUCAGGACUCUGCAGGGUCCAACGACGACUGUCAUCUCACAGAAGAGGGCUCCCACCAGCGAAAUCCUCCUCCUCUGCAUACAUCCUCCAAACCUAACUCACUGUUGGAGGACCGCAGGAAGAGCCACAUCCCAGAAGAGUUUGCCGGACUUCUUCAUGGAUCUUCCCCAGCUUGUGAACCCCCUGAAACACUUUACCACCUCUACAGUCCUAAACAUUUUAAAUACACACCAGCCGACGACCAAAAGAGUCUGCUGCAGGCUCCAGAGCUCAGCAUUGUGAUUGGAGCAGGAGUCUCUCAGGUCUUCUCCAGGACAGAAACUCAGUCAUCUCCUCAGAGGUCAGUCGGUGACUCCCAGAAGCCACAGGUAGUUUAUCGGACAAUCUUCCACACUAAAGUCAACCAGGACCAGGCCAAACCCCCAAACUGUGACCGCAAGGAUCCAGCCGGUGGAUGGUCGACACAAAGCCAGUCUCCCUCUUGUUGCUUGGGGAAAAACGGAGAAGUUCCAGAGUUACAGGAGAUCCAGACUGGAGGUUUGCCCAAAGACGGUUCAUCUGGGGCAAACUACGAAGAGAGAGCCUGCACUCUGGGUAGGAUGAGAUCCGUGCCUCGUAGUGUUUUGGACUUGCAACUGUCUAAGUCUUUAUCCAAGUCCGACUCCAACCUCGUCGCUGUCUCUCCCAUACAGGAGGAGCAUAGCUGGGGCCCUGGAUCGCGGGGGCAGGGCCCUGGAAGUCCCAGCCUGCGAGAAGGACAACUGGAGCGAACGCCCUCCUUCACCGCUGAGUGGGAAGAGAUUGACAAGAUUAUGAGCUCUAUUGGGGCUGGAAUAGGCACUGGAUUGGACAUAAAGGAGGACUCUUCAGGUCCCCGUUGCCCGCUGCAGUCCGUGGGUCAGUGGCUGGACUCCAUCGGCCUGGUCCAGUACGAGAACCACUUGCUGGCCAACGGAUUUGACAAUGUCCAGUUCAUGGGGAGUAAUGUUGUGGAGGACCAGGACCUGCUGGAGAUUGGGAUUCUCAACUCUGCUCACAGACAACGCCUGCUGCAGGCCAUUCGGCUGCUGCCCAGGGUUCGACCCAUCGGUUAUGAUGGCAACAACCCCACCUCAGUAGCAGAGUGGCUGGAUUCACUGGAGCUCGGCGACUACACAAAGUCUUUUCUCAUCAAUGGUUACACCUCCAUGGAGCUGGUCAAAAAGAUCUGGGAGAUUGAGCUCAUCAAUGUAUUAAAGAUCAAUCUUAUUGGACACAGAAAACGGAUCUUGGCCUCAUUGGGUGACCGAUUACACGAAGACACGCCGCAUAAACCUCCACGGGCCAUCUCCCUGAGGGAGCCCGGGGGAAACCACACUCCUCCCCAGCUCAGCCCUUCUGUAGGCCAAGCAGCAUACACGGCGGGGGUUGCCGGUGGGUCUCUGGACGUGCAGCACCUCAUCAUGCAGGCUGACGCCCGGCGCAGGCAGCGCAGCAAUGACAACUACUUUGAAGACGUGCCGCGAUCCAAGCUGGAGCGACAGAUGGCUCAAGUCAGCAUGGCUGGUGAAUGGUGUGAACCCAUAACUCUGCGUCCGCCCAACGAGGCCACCUCCUCCACUCCUGUGCAGUACUGGCAACAUCAUCCAGAGAAACUCAUCUUUCAGUCCUGUGACUAUGAAGCCUACUACCUGGGCUCCAUGCUGGUUAAAGAGCUGAGAGGAACAGAGUCAACACAAGAUGCCUGUGCAAAAAUGAGGAAGUCGACAGAACAGAUGAAGAAAGUCCCAACCAUUGUGCUCUCUGUGUCCUACAAAGGAGUCAAGUUCAUUGACGCCACAAAUAAGCAGAACAUAAUUGCAGAGCAUGAGAUUCGUAACAUCUCGUGUGCGGCUCAGGACCCGGAAGAUCUGUCUACUUUUGCUUACAUCACCAAAGACCUCAAAUCCAGUCACCACUACUGCCAUGUCUUCACUGCGUUUGAUGUGAACCUGGCCUAUGAAAUCAUCCUGACGCUUGGUCAAGCAUUCGAAGUGGCCUACCAGUUGGCCUUGCAGGCCAGGAAGAGUGGUCACGGAUCGUCCACGCUCCCAGAAAGCUUUGACAGCAAACCCAACAAACCCGUCCCCAAGCCCAGAGUUAACAUCCGCAAAUCAGUCAUGUCUCCUUCCAGCCGCUGGUCACUGGGCCACAUUUACACCCCUCACCGGCCCCCUCUUCACCCUCCUCGCCUCUUCCAUCCUCCUCACAAAGCUCAGUUACAGAUGGAGCAGCCAUCAAUGGACCAAAAGGGACACGCCAAUGUGCCGUGGAUUGUGGAGCCAGGUCAGGAGGCAAAAAGAGGAGUCAACACCAAGUACGAGACCACUAUUUUCUAACAUACACCCGCCUUGUCCACUCCCGUGUAUGUGUGCCUUUCAGAGGUUGCCCUGUAUUGGGGCUGUGCCCCGGAGUUGGGCACAAGCGGCGCACGCCGCCGCGUCACUUCACCGGCGGAAAAACAAAAAACACACCCCGCCCCGCCCCUGUUAGCUGAGACUGUCCGCUGCAUGAUGACGGUUGGCGCUGUGUUUUAACUCCUUUUCUUUCUGCACCUCUCCCCCCACCUCUUUGGCCUCAUCCUUCCGGGCUGACGCAUGACCUCUGAACCCAGAGCUGUAGUGCACUUCACUAUAGGGAGAACGGUCGACUCCGAUUCUCAGUCAGCAUACAAUCAAAUGUUCUCCACUCUACGCUUCUUGGCUGUGUGUCUCCUUUUUUUUUUCUCCUUUAGCGGUCUUAUUUUUUUUUCUUCGACCCUUUGUCUGACUCCCUUUGACAACUUGAAUGACAUGUGCUGCUGUACGAGCCAUAACGGCGGUUUAGUUAUCUGUUGGGCGCAGUGGGAGCUGGCACUGAAGACGGGAGUUGUCUGAACAUGACAACUCCAACUAGAGGGAAGAUACUUCUGAAAAAGCGAAAUACCGCAGGGUAUCUUUGAGUAACACUGGCUCAGCCAGCAGGCUACUCGAAUGUACUUCAUGUUCUUUGAUAGUUUUUGAAAUACUAAAAGGCUUGUGAUUUUCUUUUAAAGGUAAGACUUAAACGUAGGCCUGUGACACAGAAGUACUGACUUUUUCUUUUUGUUUUCUUUGAUACUUUUCUGGAUGUUUGGAGUUAGUCUAAUCAAACCUGCCCUUUUUAAAAAGAAAUUUAAAAACAAAAGCUUGUUUUGGGUUAAAGCAUGUGGCUUGUGAGACGCAUGUUGGCUAUUUUGGAUUGACCAGGGGCGCCGUGGAGGAGGCGGCCUGUGGGGGCUUUCUCGAUAAGUGAUGUCAUCUCGUUUGCAGGGCAAUGCCGGACGCUCAUGUCUAUUACUGUGGAAUGCAAAGAAUGUAGCCUGCCCUAAACAUGGAAGUUGUCACACAUACAAUGCAAAAAGGACUCCAAACAUGGAUGCUACUCCAUCGUUUAAGGUUGACUACAGAUUUUUUAACAUGCUUGUCACAGUAAACAGUGGACUGGUAGAUGCGCACUAACAGGACUGCAUCCUAACAGACGACCGUCUGCUCUGAAUGUACACUUAUAUGAAAGCAGCCUCAACUUUCUGCAGCUGGAUCUGUUUUAUGCACAUAACCUUUGAACUUUUGUGGGUCAGCAUCUCCAGAGACAUGAUGAUGAUAUAAGCCUGGGUGGGCAUGGGUGCCAGGAUAGCUACGUUUUUGUUUUUGUUUUCCUUGAAGUCAGAAAAUACAUAUGCACAAGCGUGUCUAUAUGAUUGGACCAGCUGCAACUACACGCUCAAGAUGCAAAAGGUUUCUCAUGAAUAAAACCGCAUCGAACGUAUUCUAUUCAUAUUGCCCGACAUUUUAAUGUUUAAUAUGAGAGUAUUAUAUUACCAUGAUGAUUAUUCUUGUGCAAUUCUUGUCAACUGUUGUCUUAAUGUUACAAUAUUUUUCUAUAACAUGCUGAGAUAAAAACCUUGGGCGGGAUAAUAAUGAAAAUCCUUUAAAAAAAAAAUCAAGUCUAGAUGUUCAUAUAUGUACAGAGAGUGAAUGUUAGAGGUUGCUUGCUAACACUUAGAUCAGGUCAACCUUCAUUUCUCAUGGGGCUCUUAUCUUGCAGAUGGACUAUUUUAAAAGCAGUAUUAUUGUAUUAUUUGGAUGAGACAUCAUCCGGUUACAAAAUGUACAUAGAUAUUUUGCCAACUCAUUGUUCAUACAUGUAAAGAAACAAAGGGGUUUGCAGAACAUGGCACUGGAAAAAAAAAAUAAAGGUACCAAAAUAAAAGUUGGAUAAUUGAAAGAGUGACUGAUUAUUGAGCUUGUGUUUUGAGUGGAGACAUUUGGUGACAUCACUGUUGAUCAACUAAUGUACAUAGGCUUGGGCUUCCAGCACACUAAUUUUUGUAAUUUUUGCCAUUAUUUAUAUCCCUGUAAAGCACAAUAAAUAAAAUCCGACUUGUGCAACCAUA